CGGUGAUGCUCUUGUAUUGAUUGCUUGCUCCCUGACAGGGUUCCCAGCUCUAAACUUAAAGCCGACAGUAGCGAGUGCAGUUUGCACACUCCGAGAGGGUAGAGCGUGAGAGCCAGUCCUUGCCCUGGAUUAUCCCCUCACUUUGCAGAUCCUGUAUUGAGUUAGCGAGCCGCACAGAGUCUCCCCUGCAAUCCUAAGGAUUAUUCUACUGGAACCUCAAUCCAGCUCCGGCUGGCUGUCAUAUUCAAUAAUAAACUAUUCUGGACAACGUCUUCGAUGGGAGGGAACUGGAUGUUUCAUUUUUUGUUCUUUUUUUCCAUUUCAAAGUUUGCAGUGGUCAUGACUGAGAACAGUACACGGAGUGUAACAGCAGAACUGUACCAAGGAUUUGGCUUCACCAGGCAAAAAAUAAUGACUGCGCAGUAUGAAUGCUACCAGAAGAUUAUGCAGGCUCCUGCACGUAAGGAAAAUGAGACAAGCAUUGCGUGUAGCAGGACUUGGGAUGGAUGGUUGUGCUGGGAAGAUGCACCUCCUGGAACAGUGGCUGUCCAGCAUUGCCCUGAUUACUUCCAAGACUUUGAUCCAUCAGAAAAAGCCAUGAAAAUUUGUGAUGAUAGUGGAAAAUGGUUUCAACAUCCAGAGAGUAAUAGAACAUGGACAAACUACACUCAGUGUAAUGCACACACAAGGGAAAAACGAAAGACAGCAGUAAACUUAUUGUACUUGGCUGUGAUUGGACAUGGAUUGUCAGUGGCGUCCUUGCUAAUUUCUCUUGCCAUAUUCUUUUAUUUCAAGAGUUUAAGUUGCCAGAGGAUAACACUUCAUAAAAAUCUAUUCUUCUCGUUUGUUUGUAAUUCCAUCAUCACCAUCAUCUGGCUAACAGCCGUUGCAAAUAAUCAGAAACUUGUUGAAAGUAAUCCAGUCAGCUGUAAAGUGUCACAAUUCGUUCAUCUGUACUUAAUGGGCUGCAAUUACUUUUGGAUGUUGUGUGAAGGUAUUUACCUUCAUACAUUGAUUGUCGUUGCCGUCUUUGCUGAGAAGCAGCACCUGCUCUGGUAUUACCUUCUCGGAUGGGGUUUCCCACUUAUUCCAGCCACAAUCCAUGCAGUAGCCAGAAGCUUAUAUUACAAUGAUAAUUGCUGGAUAAGUUCAGAAACACAUUUGGUGUACAUAAUUCAUGGCCCUAUUUGUGCUGCCUUACUGGUGAACUUGUUUUUCUUGCUGAACAUUGUCCGUGUCCUUAUAACAAAGUUAAAAGUCACACACAGGACAGAGUCAAAUCUUUAUAUGAAGGCAGUCAGGGCUACUCUGAUUUUAGUUCCCCUGCUUGGGAUCCAGUUUGUGCUGGUUCCAUGGAAGCCAGAAGGCCGAAUAGCUGAAGAAAUCUAUGAGUUUGUAAUGCAUAUUUUCAUGCAUUAUCAGGGCCUAUUGGUGGCAACUAUAUUCUGCUUCUUCAAUGGAGAGGUUCAAACUAUUUUAAGACGUCACUGGAUGCAGUACAACAUUCAGUUUGGAAACAGCCUGACCCAUUCAGAGGGCCUGCGUUCUACCUCUUGCACUGGUACUUCAAUUACAGAAGUACACGGAGGUCUGUAUAGUCAUGAAUCCAAUGGUGAAUAUGUAAAUGGCAAAACAUGCCAUGACAUUGAAAUCAUUGGUCUGGAAACAGGAGAAAUAUGCACCUAAGGAUUAACUACACACACGCUUGUAUUGUUGAAGAUUUCAACGACAGUGAGCAUCUUCCUUUCACUUCAAUGUAAGAGUUCAGCUGAGUCAGCGCUGAAAGUUAUUUUCAUCAUCAAAAUGUUACUUCUGAAUUGGUUAUUUCAUAUGAGAUGAAGGGAAGGACCUGAUGGAUAUAUCCAUGACCUGCAGGAAUUUAGCUUUGUCUGCACUCAAAGUUAUUUUCAUCGUCGAUACGCCUCUCUGCUGAUUUUCAAGUGAUUGUUUCGCGUGAGAUGAAUGAAGAACAUAAUGGAUAUAUCCAUAGCCUUUGACACAGUUGGAAGAAAGUAUCCUGUACUGAAACAAGAGACUUGGAAAUAUUCUUGCAUUUCUGGUCUUCUGACCAAUGUCUCACAAACUGUCAGGCUGUGAAGGUCGGUGCAGUAGUAGAUUCUAAUUCCGCAGGAAGGUGGUCUUUGUCAGGUUGAUAAGCUAGUAUACUGGUUACUAUACAAUCACUCACUUGUGCCACUAUUGUUAUACACCUUACCAAUUCAAAGCUCUCUGUGGUGUAACUUUCACUGAUGUAGAGAAAAAAAUCUUAACAUUCCCUCAGGGUUUCAGUUCACUGCCCUAAUUAUAUACUAGUUUUACGUUUUCUACAUUUUAUAUAAAGCAGGCUCUUAUAAUUAUUACACAAAAAGCUAUAUAACUAUCUUGCAGUAUUGAAUUUUUGAAUGUCAUAAUGCUGGAAAGUAAAAUAGUGCUCAAUUGUAACUUUGUUUACUUUGUAAAUACAAUUUGUGAAGUGUUGGCAUAUUUAUUGCUUGCAUAGUAAAUAUAGUAACAAUGUAAAAAAGUAUUCUCCUUACUUUUUUAGCUGGAAAGUGCUUUGAAACAUUGGUGAUCAUGAAAAGCUUUAUAUGAAUGCAAGUCUUUCAUUUACAUUUUCUUGUUUUUUUGUAAAGAUGCAAUAUUAUAUUUUUGAUUUGUUUAAUGUGUGAUGAUAUUAACCAUCAAAAAUUGACCUAUUUGCUGCCUUACAUGUGUAAUGCUUCUCAGUGAUUCAACAUGACAUGAAAAUGUAUUGAAUGUCUGACUUCCUUACAGUUAUUGCAGAGGAGGUGGAAGAAAGGAGAAGGUAGUCUCUUAAUUUCUUCAGGGAAAAGCUGGUAUGAGUUUAUUGAAGGCUGGGGGCUAUUAUUAAGCACCUCUCAAUACACAUGUUCGAUUAUUCCAAUUUGAAACUCCGCUGGGUGGACAAUAAAUGCUAGCCCAGCAAGUGAUAUCCGCAUCGUGUGAAUGAGUUAUAGUAAAAUUUCAUCUUGAUAGUUUUUUUGAGUCCGUUCUAUAAUUUGUAAAGGUAAUGUGACAGUAUAGUAAACAAUAUUGGAAUCUAUUCAUCAUUAUGCAAUGUUACAGUGCAGAAAUAGUUUCCUUUGUCCACUCUGCGAUUUGUUUUGUCCACAUUUUGCUUAUUCUCACUCAAUUGCUCAGUGCCCACUAGUAUUCUUCCCUUUACAAGGAAUUAUCCAAAUAAUUCAUUCACUUUUUCAUUGCAUGUGGCAGUGUUCUAACCCUCUGAAUGUCAUGACUUUUAUCAUUUCUCCUGAUCAGAAUUUACUCCAAGAAAUUAAACAUUAUUUGGAAUGGGAAACCAAGCAAAUGUUUAACUUUUUAAGAAAAGUAUUUCAACAGCAAAGGGUAAUUUUAUAAUGGAAGUGGAGAUUUAAACUUUUUUUGUUAUCAUAAACGGGCUACUUAAUAUUGUUAAAGUAAAAUUAAAAUAAAUAAUUCAGUAGUUUAAUCUGACAGUUGUCAAAAACAUGUUUUCAACAUACUUUCAAUGUCAAAAGUUGCACAAUGGUCCUAACAUGUAUACAGUCUGACAGAAUAAAUCACAUAUAAUGUCGGGAUUAAUGUCUUUUGUGUGUUUGGAAUUGAAAGGAUUAUAUAAGAAAUAUCAUAAUUUUUUACAACAUUUAGUGUUUCUGAAAAUUUUAAAAAUACAGCUUUCAACCAAACUGUGGGGGAUGUACUCUCCUCUUGCCUAUUAUCUGCUGUAUGAAUGCCAGAGCUUACUCAUAUUGUUGUUGUGGCUUUCACGUCUAUUAUUGUCUUUGUUAAAAUGGUCAUGGCCAAGUUGUCAAAUGUUUUAUUUUGUCAGUAAGAGAAACAUUUAUUGAAUUUGUGUGAUUAUGAUUGCAAGGUGACAGUUAAGGACUUAAUGAAUGAAUAUUGUUAUACAUCAGGAGCAGAAAAUGCUAUAUAAUGUCCUUUUGUGUUAAAAGGUGAUAACAGAUCCAUGUUUCUGCAGGAUGGUGUGACCAUAACAGUUUAAGAUAAUUACACAAAGUUUAUAAAUAUUUG